AUGGCAAACGCUCGCUCUUCUCAGGAUGAACGCAAGCUCGAGGGUGGAAACCCUCCUCCCGCUCCCAGCAGCGGCUUGCACCCGGCUUUCUACAUUGCUUUGUGGAUUGCCCUUAGUUCCAGUGUAAUUCUAUUUAACAAGUGGGUUUUGUCAUCUGCGAAGUUCAACUUCCCGCUUUUCCUGACAACAUGGCACAUGGUUUUCGCCACCGCAAUGACCCAGAUCCUGGCCCGCUUCACCACGAUUCUGGACUCCCGCCACAAGGUUCCAAUGACCCCGGCCACCUACACUCGCGCCAUUGUCCCCAUUGGUAUCAUGUUCAGCUUGAGUCUUAUUUGCGGUAACUUGGCCUACCUGUACCUCAGUGUGUCCUUCAUUCAGAUGCUGAAGGCCACCAACGUUGUCGUGACUCUGGUCGCUACUUGGUCUUUCGGCAUCGCCCCGACCAACUUCAAGACCCUCGGCAAUGUUGCCAUCAUUGUCUUUGGUGUCGUCAUUGCCUCCUUCGGUGAGAUCAAGUUCGAUAUGCUUGGUUUCCUUAUCCAGGUCGGUGGUAUCAUCUUCGAGGCUCUGCGUCUUGUUAUGGUCCAGCGCCUUCUGAGCUCUGCCGAGUUCAAGAUGGAUCCCCUGGUCUCCCUCUACUACUACGCCCCGGCCUGUGCCCUCACCAACGGGGUUGUCACCAUCUUCACUGAUCUUCCCCGCCUGACUAUGGCCGACAUCUACGGCCUCGGUAUUGGCACUCUCAUUGCUAAUGCUCUGGUUGCCUUCUUGUUGAAUGCUUCCGUCGUCCUUCUGAUUGGCAAGACUUCUGCCGUUGUCCUGACCAUGGCUGGUAUCCUGAAGGAUAUCCUGCUGGUCUGCGCCUCUAUGAUGAUCUUCCGUGACCCCGUCACUCCCGUGCAGUUUUUCGGUUACUCCAUUGCCCUGGGUGGUCUCUGCUACUACAAGCUCGGUGCUGAGAAGAUUCAGUCCCUCAGCACUGAUGUGCGUCUGCAGGUCGGAGAGUACCGUCGCAGCAACCCCGCUAAGGCCAAGGGUAUUGCUGCUGGCGCUGUCGCAACCGUCAUCCUGAUCGUGUUGUACGCCGGUUCCUCUCCCUCCACCCAGCUGACCAACUAA